AUGAAUGACGUCAUGAGAAACACGUGUCGUAUCGGUUGUUGUGAAGAGAUAUCAAUUGAUCGCCGAUUUGUAUAUAACGAGGUCUUCGGCACCACCGAUGACUACAACCACAGAUACAGUGCGGCCAACUAUAUGGCCGACUCUUUAGACGAUUUCUUCGCCAAAAAGGACUCCAAAAGGAGACCCAAGAAGAAGAACCUGACGACCGAAGAAAUGGCCAAAAAGUUAGAGGAGACGGGAAAGAGAGCCUCACGAAAGGCCAAAGACAAGAGUGGUCUCACUCCGGGCGGCAACACUUCAGACCCGGAGAACGAAGAGUGGAAUGACUUCGAGGAAGACAAAGAGAAGGACUAUUCGGGUCUUCGGAUACAAACGCUUACCAUUAAAGAUAAAGAGGAAGAGUUCAGAGAACAGCAGUUGCAGGACAUCGAGGAGGAAAAGCAGAAGGAUGUGGUGUCCGGCCCCUGGAGAGGAGUGGCGCCUUCAGGUGAUGGCGACUCAGACGCCGACAAAGCGAGUGAGGAGAAGAAGACUGAAGCGGUGGCUCCGGUGGUGACUCCUGUGGCACCGCCACCGGCAACGAGCGGCAAAUAUAUUCCGCCACAACUCCGGAACCAAUCACAACAACCGUCUUCAUCGCCGAGUAUGACUCCCACUCCCCUGUUCUCAGGCGUCCGACGGUCCAAAUCAGGUGCGCCCCGAAUCGGGGACACCGUUGAGUUCCCAUCGCUCGGCGCCAUCGACUCCAAUGAAGACAACAAAGGCUUUCAAACCGACUAUGAAGAUUGUGACAGUUAUGAAGGAGAGCCCAAACAAGUGAUUGUCGGCAUCUGUGCGAUGGAGAAGAAGACAGAAUCGCGUCCAAUGAAAGAGAUAUUGACUCGACUUAACGAAUUUGAAUUCAUUAAGACGGUUGUCUUCACCGAAAAGACUAUUCUGUCGGAACCGGUAGACACGUGGCCCCUCUGUGACUGUUUGAUAUCAUUUCACUCGAAAGGCUUUCCUCUGAGCAAAGCUAUUGAAUACGUGUCACUCCGGGAACCGUUUAUUGUGAAUGAUCUUCAUAUGCAGUACGAUAUUCAGGACAGACGUAAAGUGUAUAGAAUUCUAGAGGAAGCGGGCGUUGAGUUACCCCGUUAUGUGGUCCUCGACAGGGACUCACAUAAUCCUGAAGAGAGAGAACUCAUUGAAUGCGAGGAUCACAUUGAGAUCAAUGGCGUUGUCUUUAAUAAACCAUUUGUAGAGAAACCCAUUUCUGCUGAAGACCACAAUAUAUACAUCUAUUACCCGACGUCUGCAGGCGGUGGCAGUCAACGACUCUUCCGAAAGAUUGGCUGCAGAAGUAGUGUCUAUUCACCCGAAAGUCAUGUCCGAAAGACUGGUUCUUAUAUUUAUGAAGAGUUUAUGCCGACCGAUGGCACAGAUGUGAAGGUAUACACCGUUGGACCGGAUUAUGCACACGCGGAGGCCCGCAAAUCUCCAGCACUCGACGGUAAGGUUGAGAGGGAUAAGGAGGGCAAAGAAGUUCGCUAUCCUGUCAUCUUAAGUAACACAGAGAAACUCAACGCCCGGAAAGUGUGUCUGGCGUUCAAACAAACUGUUUGUGGCUUUGAUUUACUUCGCGCUAACGGCAAGUCAUAUGUCUGUGACGUAAAUGGUUUUAGUUUUGUGAAGAAUUCAAUGAAAUAUUACGACGACUCGGCAAAGAUCUUGGGCAAUAUGAUUCUGAGGAAUCUGGCGCCACAGUUGCACAUCCCAUGGCUCAUACCUUUCCAAUUGGAUGACCCGCCUAUAGUGCCGACCACUUUGGGCAAAAUGAUGGAACUCCGGUGUGCUAUCGCUGUCAUAAGACACGGGGAUCGAACUCCGAAGCAAAAGAUGAAGAUGGAAGUGAAACACCCGAAGUUCUUCGAGAUAUUCGACAAAUACGGCGGAUAUAAAGACAACAAAUUUCACGUCAAACUUAAGAAACCGAAACAAUUGCAGGAACUCGAAAUGUACGGACAUUUUUCGGGGAUUAAUCGAAAAGUUCAGCUCAAAUAUCAACCCAAAGGCAGACCCCGUCAGUCCAGCAGUGAAGAGGACAAUCCGGGAGAUCCCUCAUUGCUAUGUAUAGUGAAAUGGGGCGGAGAGUUGACUGCCGGGGGACGUAUUCAAGCGGAGGAGUUGGGCCGAGUGUUUCGUUGUAUGUAUCCGGGUGGACAAGGCGAAUACGCGGGAACCCAAGGUUUAGGUUUGCUUCGACUGCACAGUACGUUCAGACAUGACCUGAAAAUUUAUGCAUCAGACGAGGGACGCGUUCAAAUGACUGCGGCUGCCUUUGCUAAGGGGUUGUUAGCACUGGAGGGAGAGUUAACUCCGAUUUUAGUACAAAUGGUUAAAAGUGCGAACACUAAUGGUUUACUGGACAACGAUUGCGAUUCAAGUAAAUAUCAAAAUGCAGUCAAACAAAGACUACAUGAGAUGAUGCAAGUGGACAGGGAGUUCACGGCUGAAGAUAUGGAACUUCUUAAUCCACUUCACGCUCGUUCCGUCCAAGCUGCUUUAACUUUUGUCAAAAAUCCCGUCAAAGCUUGUGAUAAAAUCUAUGGAUUUAUACAAGAGUUAAAUGUGUUAAUUAAGUCAAGAAGAGACGAUUCUCGCGAUGAUUAUCAUCUCUAUUACGGCGAGACUUGGGAUCUAAUGCAGAGGAGAUGGUCUAAACUAGAAAAGGAUUUUAAAUUGAAAAGUGGUUCAUAUGAUAUCAGUAAAAUACCAGACAUUUACGACUGUAUUAAAUAUGAUUUACAACACAAUCAACACGUACUCCAAUUUCCAGAAGCCGAAGACUUUUACAGAUACGCCAAGUCAUUGGCAGAUCUCGUUAUUCCUCAAGAGUACGGAAUCACUCAAAAGGAAAAGUUGACGAUUGGUUUAGGCAUUUGUUCGCCACUUCUCAAGAAAAUUAGAUCAGAUCUGUUGACUAACACUUACGCCACCGAAGACGACGAGUCCGAAAGUGUUAAUCGUCUGAAUCCACACUAUUCUCAUGGAGUCUCUUCUCCGGGCCGUCACGUGAGGACUCGUUUGUAUUUUACGAGCGAAAGUCAUAUCCAUUCUCUUCUAAAUGUGUUACGUUUGGGCGGACUUUUCGAUGAGACUAAAGAUGAACAAUGGAGAAGAGCUAUGGAUUACGUGAGUCUUGUCUCUGAACUCAAUUAUAUGACACAAAUCGUGAUAAUGCUAUACGAGGACCAAACAAAAGACCUCACUUCGGACGAUAGAUUUCACGUGGAAUUGCAUUUCAGUCCCGGAGUGGUCUGUUGUUUGCAAAAGAAUCACAUUAAAGGUCCGGGUUUUAGGCCACAAUCCAGAAGCAGCGGAACAUUUGUUAAGGAAUCGCCGACUAUUCUUGAAGAACCAGAAUUGGAGGAAAAAACUAAACUAAAUGCCAACGAAAACCAAAAGUCAGAACCGAUUCCAAUAACUGUGACCACAAGUAAAGAGAGGAAUAAAACUUCAACACCAACUGAGUAUAAGGCUCGCAGCUAUUCAUUGUCUGCUUCCUCUCAAAGACCUCAUAGUCUUGAGAGUGAUGUCGUAAAAGAGCAACAAAAGAAACAUAUAGACAAAGAUAGGGCUCACACUCUCAGCUGGGAUGACGUGUCUGGAGAUUGUGAACUACCGGGCUGUCAGAGGUCGACGAGUAGUCUUUUUAGUACAGCUGUCAUCAGUGGGUCUUCGAGCGCACCUAACCUUCAGGAAACACUUCUUCACACCAGUGCUGAGGGCUGUUCCAGUAUUCCGACGAUCCGACCGCUGGAGACGUUACACAACGCGUUAUCUUUAAAACAUUUGGAAUCAUUCCUCGAGAAGUUGACCGCUUCACAGCUCUAUCGUCUGCCCCUCUCCUCCCCGAUGCGGAUCCCAUUCAAUGCCAACUCAAGCGGAAUGCCAUCGAAUAACAUGAAAGGAGGUCUUCCCAUCGCAUCGCCCACCAGUUCCUGUCAAAGCUUCGGAUGGAGUGGUCCGCCGUCUUUCGUGUCGAGCAGUGGUCCGUCGUCUCCCAACUCAUCACAAUUGGAUCUGUUGUCACGUUUUGUCAUCAAACCAAAUGACUUGGAGACCACACCCGUCGACAACUGCUGGAGUGGUCCUCCGUCUCCACUCGACUCCAAAUACUAUGCAAACAAUAACUUAUAAUUUAUUUAAUAAAAUUGUAUAAUAUUUGUAGAAAUUCU